GCUCUGCGUCCCUGGCUGUGGCAGGACAUUCUGGCCCCUCCCCACUAUCUGCAUUUCUGACUGCAUUGAUGUUUUUAGUGGAUGGCCUCACUGGACUCUCACAAGAACCAGGUGAGAAUACAGUCACCUUUUGAAGCUGUGUCAACCAGAAGCAAAUGAUUUCAAGAGUUGGGAGUAUGUAUCUGGAGAAUCAUGGAAAAGUUUCCUGUGGGUAAAACACCUGUUUUCAAGUGGCUGGACAAGUGCCUGCUGACUCUUCAUGAUGGCUCUGAUUCCUUUCUCAAGAUUCUUCAUUCAAACAUGAGCAAAGAAAUAAUAUGCUUUAAACUUUAAGGUGGACCAAAACUGUAGAGACCAUGGCUUCCAUGAACUUACUGCUGGAAAAGAAAAUGUCCUAGGCUUCCUCUGCUGAUCUUCUGGGAGAGGACUGAAUUUUGGAGCUAGAGAUUCAGUGUUAUAACUGUAAAUCAAGCAUUGUUAUUUGCUUCAUAUUAAGCUUUAAAUACAUAUUCCUCUACAAUAAAUAGGGAUAAUAAAACCUCACACAGAUUGUGGGUCCUAAGCAAUUGCUUUCCCUGCACUCUUCCAUUUAUUCAGCAUAAAACAGACAUUAUUUUUGUUAACCUUUGUUCACCUUUUUAAAUGAUAAAUGGCGAGUAAAAUCUCAAAACUUUGUAUGUAUUCAUGCAUCAAAUAUAGUAGAGCUAUGCACUGUAUUAUACGUCUUUCUGUUUUAUAAAGAAUGAAUCCUCUCAUUCACAGAACCAAUCCUUUCCAAUGAUUUUAAGAAAUUUUUGAGGAGCAUCCAUGGUUGUCAGGAGCCACCUCAACUGCCUCUUAUUUCUUCUUCUAAUGGUAGAUGAAGCAGUCCCCUAAUCAAGCAUGGCAGGCUACUCAUCCCUGCCUCAUUCUAUGCCUAUGGAAGGUGUAAUUAAUAAAUAAUAGGCUUUCUUUGUUUGCAAAUUGAGUGUGGCUUCAGAAUGCCCUUCAACAAAUACAAGAGGCAGCUCCUACAUAAUGGUUAAAGCUGGAUUUUGACAAAGUAACUCCUCCACCAUGUUGAAAAUCUGGUUUUCUUAAAGUGUACAAGAAUUUAUCUAUACCUCAAUAUUGCCUGAUGUACAACAGCCUUCAAUAAAUAUCUAAUAAUAUGUUCUCAGUGAUAACGAAAGCACUCCAGAUAAGUCCACCUAAUGAUGCAGCAACUAGUUGAUGACUGUAAUAUUACAAAUAGCUUGAAGCAAUUUUUUUAUCUAAAUUAUAUGUUUUCAUGAUCACAGUUUUACCUUCACCUUUUCCUUGGAAAUCAUGCGAAAACAGAGCACUAUAACUGAGUUUGUCCUCCUGGGCCUUUCGAAUAAUCCAAGAGUUCAGAAAAUAGUAUUCGUUGUGUUUUUGUUGGUCUACAUUGCAACUGUUGGAGGCAACAUGCUGAUUGUAGUGACCAUCCUCUGUAGCCCUGCACUGCUGGGCUCCCCCAUGUACUUCUUCUUGGCUGUCCUGUCCUUCCUGGAUGCCUGCUUCUCUUCUGUCAUCACACCAAAGAUGGUUGUGGACUCUCUUUAUGAGAGAAAAACCAUCUCCUAUAAAGGAUGCAUGAUUCAACUUUUUGCUGAGCACUUCCUUGCUGGAGCAGAGUUAAUUAUUCUCACAGCCAUGGCCUAUGACCGCUAUGUGGCCAUUUGCAAGCCCUUGCACUACUGUUCCAUCAUGAACUGGAGGCUCUGUGGCAUUCUGGUGGGGGUGUCCUGGACAGGGGGCUUCUUGCAUGCCAUCAUACAGAUUCUCUUUACUUUCCAGCUGCCCUUCUGUGGACCUAAUGUCAUUGAUCAUUUCAUGUGUGACCUCUACCCAUUGCUGGAGCUGGCCUGCACUGACCCACAUGUCCUAAGCCUUCUGGUGAUCGCCAACAGUGGGUUAAUCUGCAUCAUCAACUUCUCCUUGUUACUUGUAUCCUAUGGUGUCAUCUUGUUCUCCCUGAGAACACACAGUGCUGAGGGGCGUAGGAAAGCUCUGUCCACCUGUGGAUCUCACAUUACUGUUGUGGUUUUGUUCUUUGUCCCAUGCAUAUUUGUAUAUGCAAUACCUCCUUCUACCUUCCCUUAUGACAAAAUGGUGGCCAUAUUUUACACCAUCCUAACUCCCUUGCUUAAUCCUUUGAUUUAUACUUUCAGGAAUAAGGAAGUAAAAAAUUCCAUGAGGAAAGUGUGGAAGAGGUUGGUAGUAGUUUCUGAUGAAAGGUAGAUAUUAAACACUUUAAAAAUUAAAUUUCUGACCUAAUAAGUAAUUUUUUCUGAUAAAAACUUUAUAGGAUUUUCUUUGCAUAGAAAUAUGGUAAUAUACAUUUAUAGAAAAACCUUCAUGUAUGGGUCAUAAAAUGAUCCUUACUUUCACUUCAGGUAUCAGAUCUGAGCUGGCAACUUGAUAUUUCAUAUAUAAGUUAAAUAAUUGAAUUGUAUGCUUCCUUAGAAUCUAAAAAUAAAAGAAAUGAAGAGUGAGAAGAGAAAUUACCUACUGAUUGCUAUCCAUUCACUCUAUUUGCAAAAUCUUUGCAGAGGAAAGACAAAAAUAUUCUGUGUAUUAAUAACAGAAAUUUACUCACACUGUUUCAUGGUAUAAAAGAUUGAUGACAAUGAUCUUAGUGACUGUUGAAGGACUCAAGUCAAGCAGAGAGUAGAGAUUCAUAAAACUUCUACUGAAGGAUUUCCUUUGUCAGGUGACUUCAACAUUCAGUGUGGGCUGCAAAUUUUGAGUCCCUUCUUGCAUUUCCUGGGAGAUAGGAUUUGAUUGGUCCAGUUCUGCCUAUGGAUAGCUCCUCUCAGAUAUGAGACAACCACCAAUCAGCUGUUGUGGGAGGACAGAGGGGCACACUCCAUAUGGGAGUCAGCCAUCAGUAUUUUUUAUUCAAGUGCAGUCAAAGGAAACUCUUGAAACACCACUAUACCAGCAAUGCCUUCCUAAAGAUGUGUACAUAGGGCUGUGACUUCCUCCCCUUGCAGAAGAAAUAGUAGCCAGAGGCACCAGAGAGUAAAACAUCAAUUUUAAAAAAGGAUCACAUUUCAAUUUGUAUGUUUUUAAUUUUCUUGACUUUGACUACCAAGUGAAAAUAAUUCUAUUGGUAUAAGUAUCAAUAAAGAGAUAAUUUAAAUGUAGAUAAACAAGUCAUUCUUAUUGCUAACAUAGUUAAUCUCAGAUUACCAUGUAACUUCUGGAACAAACCUAUGUACUGACAUAUUUCAGUUUCUCCUAAUAAUAGUUAUGGCUUUAGAUCUCCAUGGUGUCUUCUAUGUAGAUUUGCUUAGGCAUGAUGACACUCAUCUCAGUGAUCUUGUUGGGCUACCACUAAGUUGGCUCCUUAUAGUUACCAGAAUUAGUCAAUGAAUUUUCAGGAAUACACUGCCAAUAUAAAAAGUGGAAAUUUAAGAAAAUGUUUCUGGAUAUUUGAAAGAACAAGAGUGGGUUUCUACCUUUAAACAGGAAAUGAUUCAGGAAAGAUGCUGUAUUAACUCAUAGGUAAUAUGAAAACAUGAUUUUGCUCAUAAUCUCACAGUUGUUCUGCAUUUCCUUAGAGGAAAAGGGGGAGUCCUGGCAGUGACCUCCCAGACUCUACAAUUUGGGUCACUGUGACCUCUGUGACUGCUUCUUUCUCACACCUUCCCUCCGUAUGGGCUCUUUUACGUUCAAUGAACACCAGGGUCAUCUCCUAGUUCAAAGCCUUUGCACAUAUUUCUUGAUUUGGACCCUUCUUCCAUCCAUUCUAUUCUCAUUCUCUCUGCAUCUCACAUUACCUACAUCUUAAAAAGCAGAACUCUGCACUGUGGCUUUCAUUAAGCCCCCUCAUCACCACCUCUCUGUUCUCUGAGAUCUGUAUCACUCUCUCACCCUCCAUAUAAUUUGUAUACUUGUAUUUUUGUUUGUCUCCUUUCAUAGACUGUAAGCUACGAGGUAGAGGAUUUUUUUUCUC